AUGUGCGGCGCCGGCUACUCGGGGCGCGACUGCUCCGUGCGCUACUUCUCCCCCGGGGGGCUGGCGACGCCGGAAGGCCCAGUGGAGGAGUCGCCCUUCGCGGUGCUGAGCAACGGGCUGCGGGCAGAUCAGGCGCUGGAGCAGCAGCUGGGCCCCGAGCCGCGAAUUGGAUUGGACUUUGAGCCCAAGGAAGUGUGGCUUGGAGGAUCGGAGGAUGGAUGA